AUGUUCUUGGAAGAGGAAAAAGACUAUGAUGGACCAGUUCGCUUUGCUCAUGGAAGCGAUAACAGACCAGGCUUGUACUCCAAGAAACCAGAGAACGCUUAUUUCGAGAAACGUCAUGACGGGUUUGUUGAAUUGCCUAGCGGCCAAGCAAAGUCUUCAAAUGAGCCGAAUGAUCGAUCUGAUAAUAUAAGGUUCCCUGAGUUUGAUACUUCUCUGGGAAAGUUUGAGAAUGCUCCUUAUUUUUCAGGAGGUCCUGGGGCUAUGAGGUAUAACAAAUACAAGCGCGAACCAGCCGAUAAGGAGGCGGUGGAUUACCGUGACAUCGUACCAUCACCACCUUUUCACGAUCAUCAUCCAAAUUAUGACUAUUCAUCUGCAACGGGAAAGAGAGAGGGUAAUGCCAUGUUGCUUGCAAACAGUGUUCUUGGCUGGGAAUUGAAGGCUGCCAUGAAGUCACUAUAUCGAUCAAUCUUGAAAGCCUUGCCAAUGGUAAAGCAUUACUACUGGUUGCUUAUUCCUCUUCCACAAAUGAAAGGUAAAAUACGUGAGCGUUUUUUGCAGAAUCAACACACACGUGAUCCUGAUGCUAUUCGUCAUCUGAUAUACAAUGGGUGGUUGGAGUUUCAAGAAUGCGUUAUGUUCCGCCGUCCUCGAGCUACUGUGGAAAAAUUUUUUGAGUAUGAAAGCAUGGAUGAGCUCAUGAAGCAGUAUGUAAAAGAGGAGGGCCAAAUAAAUGACCAGAGAGAUUUUUGGAAUGGCGAAGAGCAAAGACGUGAAGGCCCAUAUGAUGGGCACUGGUCUUGGCUUGGUCAGGAGUGUGAGAAGGAGUUUAAAAAAAUUGCUGAUCGAAUUCCUGUUUCCUGGAGUGCAUCAAAGGGAUAUUUUGAGAAAGGCCAGGCGGAUGGGACAAAUUAUUGGGAGAAAAAUUUAGAUUAUGAAGGUUGGUACAUAAAAAAUGUAGAUCCUGAUCGUGAAAAUGCUCGACGAGAGUUACAAGGAUGGGUAGAAAGUGGAUAUAAUCAGCCGAAACAUUAUGCUAGCAAGAAUCGACGGGGUUAUCGUCGAUUAGUCAAAGACAUAGAAACCAUAAUGGAAACAUCUAUGGAAGACUUGUAUACACAUAAUCGUGAGCAGCUUUUUCAAUACCUAAUUCGUGAAACACAUCCAGAAUCUAACCGGAUUAACGCAGAGCGAAUGCUAGCUCGACAAGACGAUGAUUUUUAUUCUACUCGUUUUGAAGAAUAUGAAAAGUAUCUGAAGCAAGCUAUGCGGGAAAUGCCAAACCCUCGUCUAUGGAAGACGGAUGCGUUUUAUUUUCGACUUCGGUAUCUACUCGCACCGCUAGAAUAUAACUGGGCAAAGGUACCAAUCGGGAUAGCUCAAGAGAAAGCAUUUAACGAGUGGAUUUCAGACACCGUGAACUACGCAAUUUAUACUAGUGAUAUUUUUCUGAAAGUAAAAUUGGACAAGACUAUGAAUCCAAUGGCGAAAACAUGGGCAGAUUUUUAUCUUGAAUUUGACCCUGAUGUUCCUGAGACGCGUAAUCUUCCAUGGUAUCAUAAAGACUUUAAUUAUGACCGUCGCCACAAGUGGGAUGAACGCUGUAUGCGGAUGAAGCGCUGGGUUCAGAGUGGUACCAUCGAUGGGAAAAAUUCUUUUUUUGAUAGUAUUAUUGCUGAGUGGGAACAGUAUGUGAAUCGUCCAGAGCGCUUUCGGGCAGCUGAUAGUGCUGAGCGACGUUAUUCGUCACCGCGAAUGGUUCAACUAUAUCGAUCUCUUAACCGACUUAUGGAUGUUGCCCUUGCUAACCAGUUGAGGAAUGAGCUAAUCAAGUCAAAUCAAGACGUGCUGAAUGCUCGAAAUUCCGUGGAGGAUGUACAGAGGCAUCUUGCCGGGGUUGAUCUUACUAAUUUUCUUUUUGAUGUACCUGUGAUUAUUUAUCCUGAUGGUGUGGAUCAGCCUACAUUAGGUCUUGACGGAAAAGAGAUAUCAACAUCGGGCUGA